CGAUGCGGAUUGGUUAAGUCACAUUGUUGUUCUUGAUGUGAGACGAGCAACACGUGUUAAGUGCAAUGUUCCCUCCAGACGAAGACGACAAAAUUUCGAAACCUGUAUUGACGAAGAGGAAGUGUGUCAUAGAGGAUGUUAUUAUGAGAAACACAAGGAAAGUAGAACCAUUAUUUGUAACAUUUGCCAAUGGACAACCAGUUGAGGGUGCACAUCUGAGUGGAACAUUGCAUCAGAACAUCACCAGGGAUCGUCGACAUCAGCACAAACGAAUCCUUGAAAUAGAGACUCCAGGAUUGAACUAUGAUGGAACGAACUUUGGAAAAGAAGUCAGUUCGCUUUCCGCUAAGCAAUCGGUUUUUCUUGGGAUUUUAAACAAAGCUACAGGGAAAAUGCGACUUAUAGAAACCAGCUCAUAUUGUGUUCAUCCAGUGUUAGAAUCAACAAAGACCACAAAGGCUCUUUUAAAAAAAUCGUCAGACUUACUGACGUUUGCAGAAAAACAAGAGGCAAUUACUUCAGCUUUUGGAAGUAAAAGAGCUCAGCAGUCUGUUAACCGCCGUAAACUGUACCAGGUUAAUGCGCAAAAUAUGUCUGUGGCUAUUGAUCAAGCUACAUCAUCUGUUACUUUGGACCCUACCUAUCUAGAAGUUUCACAAGAAGACAAAACUAUCUUGGCAAUCUUACCAGAGUGCAACAGAAAAGCAAGUCGGCCAGAGGACGUGUACCAACUAGAGUCCAUUGCCCCAGACAACUUCUUAGCUUAUAUGGAGGACUCUGCAAGAGAGCUACUAGAUGGUAAAGAUCCAGACCCCAAAAGCACACUACUGUUCAAAGAGUUGUUAGCUGUUGCAAAGUUAGAGGAAGAUGAAGAAAAUCAGGUUAGGUUGACCUGCCUAGCUCUGUAUGUGGAAUACCUGGUGACAUUCCUCAACAUGAAGGGAAGAGAUAUCCAACACAUGAAAGUCAAAGAUAAGAACUUGCAAGGGUGCCCACCAAUGAUUAAGCGCCACAUUUUGGAUGAGUAUACCCACAACCACCUCAAUAAGAGGGUACGUUCAAGCCAGAAUGAAGACCGUGCUAUGUGUUGUGCUAUGGUGUUGUCUUUGAUAGCUAGUAAAUACCAGCUGUCACUCAGCACUCUUCUUAGCUCACUGAUGGUCACUCGAGACAAGCUUAAUACUCUGAUGAAGGUAGUUGGAGCAACUUAUGUAACUGCAAAGAACUCCUAUGUACUCAAGAUACCAUUAGCUAAACUUGCCAAACCAUUCAAGAAGGGUGGACCUAAAAAAAGGAAAUGAGGUCCAAUUUAAAAUUCCAGUCUGCUCGGUGAAACACCUUAAUUGCUUGAGGAAAGGGAAAAAAUGUAUCAUAUUUUUGCCUUUAUUUAAAUGUAUACAAUAUUUAUAAAACCUCUGCCAAAAAAAAUAAUGUUAUUUUAAUGUUACACUAUCACCAUGAAAAAUAAAGCAAAUAGUAAC